AUGCAUACUCCGUCUUUCCUCAAUGUGCAUCCAUUGUUCCUAGAAUCUGUCGUCUUUUCAAUCGACUGCGAUCCAUGUCAACAAUCUAGUUUCGCAGGAACAAAGAACACGACUGUAAUACCUGAUCCAACACCUAUUGGACCGAGUGGAGUUGAGAAAGUAUCUACUCUUUCGAUCCACAAUACUCCUCUGGCAUCUGAUCCCUCUCAGAUUAAUGCCCUACAUCAGCUUUUUAGUCCGUUUAUGCUGUCCAACCACCAACUCAUUGGCUCUUCUGGAAUAAGAGCAUUACCUGAAGGGCAGCAGUCCUCAUCUUCCCCAAAGGUGAGAGUUGGUGGAUGUGGUGCAGCGACUCCACAAGCGCAGUAUGGCCGACAGCAGACUGCAAAGUGGAACAAGCGAUAUGGAGAGCUUGUGCAGUUUCAGAAGGAGCAUGGUCAUUGUCUCGUCCCGGUGCACAAUUACCAAAACGUUCUACUCGCCAAUUGGGUGAAGCGACAGCGCAAUCAGUAUCAGCGAAAAGCGAUCGGUCUGCAUUCGACGCUAUGCAACAAGCGCCAGAGGGCUCUAGAAGACUUAGGCUUUGUAUGGGAUGCCCAUACUGCCUGUUGGGAUGAGCGAUACGAGGAGCUCCGUCAAUUUUGGAAAGAUAAGGGACACAGCAGAGUCCCAAAGAACUACAAGGCGAAUCCAUCACUUGCUAUGUGGGUGAAAUGUCAAAGACGUCAAUACAAGUUGCUGAAGGGAAAGAUACUGUCCUCCAUCAACGCAGAGCGUAUACGACUACUGAAGGAUUUGCAGUUCGAGUUUAACCCUGCUGCUCGCACCUCCGGAAGCCAGCAGGUAUGGCGAUAA